GGUGGAUCGGUGAUUAAAGUUGCCAAGAUAACCGUGCAUGAUCAUAUAUACAUUAUGUACAUAAAAAAGACACACCAAAAAUUCAAUAUGAUAUCGCCCUGCUUUUGUUAAGUUCGCCCCUUGAAAUGGGUCCAACUGUCAAGGCCAUUCCAUUGGCAGAGUCAGUUCCUAAUGUCGGAGCUGCUGUGCUUGUCUCUGGAUGGGGAUAUAUGGAAACUGGAGAAUCUCCGCUCCAUCUGAAAAGUGUCUAUGUGAACAUUGUAAACCGCGAGGAGUGCGCUAGGGUUAACAAAAUAGAAAGUACGAAAGCGAAAAUCUGUGCUGCUUCCCCUUGGAAAGCUUCGUGCAAUGGAGAUUCUGGUGGACCAUUGACUUACAGAGGUAAACUUGUGGGCAUUGUUUCUUUUGGGCCUACACCUUGCGGUUAUACCAGUCAUCCUGGUGUCUAUACAGAUGUCGUGGAGCUUCGCCAAUGGAUUGAAGUGGAAGCCACAAAACUCAGCUCAAAUUGAGACAUUUGUGAAUUAAAUUGUAAAAAUAAAUGUAAAAUGAAUAUU